CAGAGGAAUGCAAUUACACGGUGGGUGAGAAGUGAUUAUCAGUUGUUAAUUAGGUUCCGGAUUACAUCUUCUGUACCUGAUUGAACUCGCUAAAAGAUUAAUUGGGUCGCAUGAACUGUGCGCAUAACAUGGAAUAUGACCUCUACUUAUAAUCAAUGGCUAUAUCUCCAUUUACUACAAAAUGGCGCAACAACAUCCUAAAGGGUCCACUUCUUGAUGGCUCUUUGAAAUCCAAUGCCUGUUCCUAUCACGAAAACAAUUUAUCAUUCAAAGUGACUUUUAGGUAAGUUUUGCUUUACGCAGGAAACAGAAAGACGACAUUAUAGUUUCAGGUAACAUUCAUCCAUUAUUACUUGAAUUAAUUGAAUCAAUGCUGAUUUUUUCGGUUCAUGUUUUCUUUUUAGUUCCUGCUAACUCACUGUGUCGGUAAAAUAACUUUUGUUAGCGAAAUGGUUAUUUGAAACAUAAAUUGCACGGCCUCGGUGAAACGGGAUGAAGAAGAAGAAGAAGCCUAGUUGAGGUGGGCAAGGGCUGUACUAAAAAUCGUCCCACCGACCAGGGUGGUCCUGCGCGCAUUUUAAAUUGUUCGAAUAUAAAAAUCGACCGAAAGGACGUACGUUGAACGCAAAACUCACACGAGGACAUCGAAGGAGACUCCUACGACCAUAAAUUUAUAAUCUAUAAUUAGUUAAAUGCUAGAGGGCUUUGCAUGAGCUCUUCCUGGGAACCAAAGCCCGUUCUCCUGGAUUAUGUUGGUCAAAUUAAUAGUAAAUUAGGUUUUCGAGCUUCGUGAACUCCAGGUUGUCUCCGAUGUUUUUUAAUUUCUGUAAUAAAAUCCUCACCUACACUCGUGGUGGUUCAAAGCACAAGAUUUCGAUCCUUGUUCCUGUAAUUUGUCUGGCCUCGCUGCUCCUAGGCGGUGUCUCUUGCAUAUAUAUUCAAGGCUGAAGGUGGUCGCAAAGUAGGAGACUUGGUCAAAAGCUUCUCUUGAUUCUGGAGGUUGUUAAGCUCCGUAAAGCAGAUUAUCAAUUCCGUGAAGAUUUUGUAAGGUUCAGACUUAGGCACGGUCCGUCAGGAAUAACGGAGGUAAUUUAUCUGCAUUGCAGGCUUUUGAAUAAAAAGUGUGUGUGUAUACAUAUAACGAUCUCAAGGAACUGAACUGCUCGAAGCAUUCAGAACUUUUCUGAAGCAAAAAUGGAAGGCAGUUUCUUUCCACCAUGGAAAAAUGGUUCCUGGUAUGGGCUCGAGGGUGUGGAGGAAAAUAACGAACUCAGAUUGGUCUCUUCGUUGCCAGCCAUACCUCAGCCACCGACACCGCAUGAGCCUAUGGAGUUCCUAUCGAGGUCUUGGAGUCUCUCUGCUUCUGAAAUAUCCAAGGCUCUCUCAGAAAAACAGAAACGAAAUCUCCUCGAUAAGAAUCCAGACGCAUUGCCACUAACUAUUUCAGCACCUCAACUUCCAGGGAAGGCAGUAAGUUCUGAUUCUACUAAUUGUCGAAGAACAAGCACCAUUGGUAGAUGGUUUCACCAAAAGCAUAAUGGUAAUCGUACUAACAAUAUCACAGCGAUGAGAAAGAAAGACAGGGUACGUCUUGAAAAUGCUCGUGUACAUUCUGCUGUGUCCAUUGCUGCACUAGCUUCGGCCUUGGCUGCUGUGGCGGCAGCAGAGAGCUCCAAUGGCUCUCCUUCAAAAUUGAACCUUGCUCUGGCUUCAGCCACUGAACUCUUAGCAUCUCAUUGCAUUGAAAUGGCUCAAUUAGCCGGAGGUGAUCAUGAGCGGGUGGCUUCCAAUGUCAGGUCUGCCGUUGAUAUUCGAACUUCUGGAGAUCUAAUGACUCUAACUGCUGCUGCUGCAACAGAUUCUUCUUGCACUUCAAAAUUAGCCCUGCGAGGGGAAGCAGCUCUGAAAGCGAGAUUGCCCAAGGAGGCAAAAAAGAAUGCGUCCAUCAGUCCCUAUGAUAGGGGAAUAGCUGAAACGCAUUUGUUUCCUUCUUUUGACGGUCCAGUGUGGGAGCGUCCUACUCCAUGUGUGGGAGAUUUAUUGCUGUUAACACGAAAAGGUGUUUUACAAUGGAAGCAUGUCACUGUCUACAUCAACAAGAAGUCUCAGGUCAAGAUUAAGCUAAAAAGCAAGCAUGUUGGAGGAACCUUCUCCAAAAAGAAAAAAUGUAUUGUUUAUGGAAUCUGUGAUAAAGAUGCUGGGUGGCCGUAUCAAAAGGAAAGAGAAGCAUCGGAAGAGUUAUAUUUUGGCCUCAAAACAGCACAAGGUCUUCUAGAGUUCAAAUGCAAGAGUAAACUCCACAAGCAGCAAUGGGUUGAAGGGAUAGAGAGUCUGCUUCGUCAACUCAACUCCAUUGAAGCAACGGAGCGUUCUCUUGAUAGUUUAAGCAUCAGUAACAGCAUAUAAUUUGUUCAGACAAAGUUUUCCCAAACGCCUGUACUCCUAUAUAUAUACGUGUGUCAGUUCUACACUAUGAUACAGCAAUAAAGCAAAUCUGAUGUCCAAAUGUCAAGGUCAUGACAUAACCAUCCAAUUUUGAAUGGAGUGUACAUAAGACAGAACAAUUUGAGAUCAAGAGGUGGUGAGGUAUAUUUGCAAUUUUCUGA